UUGUGGGGUGCUGGGGGGGUCCCUGAUGUGUCCUGUACCCCCCCCCAGGACAUCAACAAGCGCCUGUCGCUGCCGGCUGACCCCCGCCUGCCCGAGGGGGGCCUGGGGCUGCCCGGGCCCCUGAGCCGCCGCCUGCGCCGCGUCUCCCUGUCGGAGAUCGGCUUCGGGAAGCUGGAGACCUACGUGAAGCUGGACAAACUGGGCGAGGGCACCUACGCCACGGUGUACAAGGGCCGCAGCAAACUGACCGAGAACCUGGUGGCGCUGAAGGAGAUCCGCCUGGAGCACGAGGAGGGGGCCCCCUGCACGGCCAUCCGGGAGGUGUCCCUGCUGCGGGACCUCAAGCACGCCAACGUGGUGACGCUGCACGACAUCGUCCACACGCCCCAGUGCCUCACGCUCGUCUUCGAGUACCUGGACCGGGACCUCAAGCAGUACCUGGAUGACUGCGGCAGCGUCAUCAGCAUGCACAACGUCAAGCUCUUCCUCUUCCAGCUCCUGCGGGGCCUGGCCUUCUGCCACCGGCACAAGGUGCUGCACCGCGACCUCAAGCCCCAGAACCUCCUGCUCAGCCGGCGCGGGGACCUCAAGCUGGCGGAUUUCGGCUUGGCGCGGGCUCAGUCCAUCCCCACCAAGACGUACUCCAACGAGGUGGUGACGCUCUGGUACCGCCCCCCCGACAUCCUCCUGGGCUCCACCGAGUAUUCCACCCAGAUCGACAUGUGGGGGGUGGGCUGCAUCUUCUCGGAGAUGGUGACGGGGCGGCCGCUGUUCCCCGGCUCCAGCGUGGAGGAGCAGCUGCGCUUCAUCUUCCGGCUGCUCGGGACCCCAACAGAGGAGACGUGGCCAGGGAUCGGGGCCAACGCCGAGUUCCGGGCCCACAAGUACCCCCCGUACCCCCCCGAGGGGCUGCUGCACCACGCCCCACGGCUGGACCAGGAUGGUGCGGACCUGCUGGGGCAGCUACUGCAGUUCGAGGGGCGGCGGCGGCUGCCGGCGGCUGAGGCCAUGGCGCACCCGUUCUUCGCGUGCCUGGGGCCCCGCGUCACCACCCUGCCCGACACCACCUCCAUCUUCGCACUGAAGGAGAUCCAGCUGCAGAAGGAGCCGGGGCUGCGCUCGGCCACGCUGCCCCCCCCAGGUUCCUCAGCCUUUCGGGUGCUCGACACGGAGUUCUGACACUGAGCAGCCCUCGGAUCGCUGCUGCAACGCCCUGGGAACCCCCC